AGUAAUAAUUUUAACAUUGCAUCAAUUUGUUCAAUUUCUGUCUGUGAUUUUGGCCUUAAAUAUAGUAAGAAAAUGCCCCGUCAACGUUCAGAUAAAUCCGGCGGAUCGGCUCGUCGCCAGAGCUCCAGGAGCAACAGCAGCUGCACGAUUCCCGUUCCCAGCUCCCGAGGCAGCAGCAGCCGUCUUCCAGCAACGCAGCCACGCAAACAGGAGUCGACACCAGUUGCAACACCAGCUGCAACACCAGCCACAACACCAGCUACAACACCUGCUGCAGCCGCAGCUUCCGCGCCGGAGGCAGCAACCAAGGGACGUGGCCCAGGCAGUAUGUUCAAGGACAUGGCCACCACUGCAGCGGGCGUGGCGGCCGGAUCGGCCGUGGGUCAUGCCGUGGGCGCCGGCAUUACUGGAUUGUUCGGCGGCGGUCGCGGAAGUUCCGUCCCCGCGAGCCAGCAGGGGGAGCAGGCAGCGCCUCCUGUGCCAGUGCAGGCCCAGCGUUCCGGCGAAUUUGUCGAAGAUGGUCCUUGUGCCUACGAGCUGCGGCAGUUUCUCAAGUGCACCGAGGAGAACAGUGACCUGUCCGUCUGCCAGGGCUUCAACGAGGCCAUGAAGGACUGCCGUCGGCGCUACAAUAUUUAGAGCCUCAAACAAAUGAAAGACAGUCAUCGCUCAACAGAAAUAGCCACUAGAUAUAAAUUCUGAGUUAAACUUGGAUUGCAUACAACAAAAUAGUUCCCAAAUUCCGAAUUACACAUUUUCUGUAUUAAAAAGUUGAAGAGAAAA